AUGGCAAACAAUGAAAAAAACACUAUGGACGAAAUUCCACCACAUUUUGUUAAACAAGGUGAAAUCAAAAUCAAAAAUUUUUUUUUAAUUAGACCGGAAUUAAAAGAAGAAUUUGAAAAAAUUAAUUUUAUUGUUGAUGAAUAUUCUCCUGAAUUAAAUAAAUAUAAAGCUAAAAU